AUGGAUAACGACGGACAACGACAUGUAACGAUGGAAAGAAUUCAUGAGAUGAUUUUUACGACUUUUAACGACAUUCAUUUCUACAAGGGAAGCAAACGAAGAAGACUCGACCCGAGACGGCGAGGAAUUCCCCGGUCAUGUGUCGCAUCUUCAACAGAUGAGCUCUCAGACUGGCCUAUCACAGAGCACUCAUUAAUACCACACCGCACUAUUUCUUAUCAGCUUAACAGUCGGCUGCUUCAUUUAUGUGUGAAACCUCCAGUCCAGUCCGGGUCCGUGUGCCAAGAGGCCGGAACGGUUCCGGCCACACCGGCCUUAAUCGGCAAAAAAGCGGGACAUGGGGAAUCCAUUACUCAACCACCCUCCAACUGCAAGUUGCCUGCACCGGCCUCUCAGAACCACAAAACUCGGCAUCUCGAACAACAAAACGGCGCGACAUCACCCGGAGAGGGAACCACUCUAUUAACGUUUACUGCAUUCUGCAAGAAGGAAAAGUUUGCCAACCGGCCCAACGGGGUCUGCGAUGGGGCGUGUCUGGGAUGUGGGAGCCUGUGGGAUGCAGAGGAAUGUUGCUUAUCGCGGCCGACGAGCGGUGGAUGCAAGGGCUCGACCAGCAAAGAAGGGGGAGCAAACCCCUUGGUUGGUCUUGGGGGUUAUCCGGAGGAGCCCGCGUGACCAGAGAUUGGGAUGAUAUGACAAACAGAAAUGGGACGGGCACGGCGGACGGGGGCUUCGUGUCAUGCUCUGCGGCCGGCGCGAGAAGGACA